UGGGAUUUGGACGUUGCAUUUUUUGUUGCCUUCAUUAUAUAUAUUCCUUUUGGAAGAAGUUAAAGUUCCAUUAAUCAUCAGGGAUACAUCACCAAAUCGAAAAAGACUUGGAUUUGGAAUGCAGGAUUUGGUUCGCUAUGAAUUAUCUCACUAAGACAAAAAACAGUUCAAAUAAGAUAUGAUCGUCCAUAAACAUUUUUGGGCAACUGUUGUGGUCCGUAAAAUAAAGUUUCCAACAUAAUUAUAAGUUGGGAAGAUAAAAGAUGCCAGUCGCAUCGGAUAUUUAGACAGAAACAAGACAAAGAGGGGCAUCGUGUGGGUGGGCUACAUAUUGAUGAGAAGUUGCUAUCGAUAGGGACUUGAGGUGUUAUUUGGGUUAUAAAUUAAUGCCCAAGGUUGUCUUUGUCUCGAUGGUAUGCACACUUGGAAAGGGGAGAAUGGCAGCUAUGGUGAGGCUUCUGGAAACUGGAAACUUCUCGGAAAUCACAGCAGAGGAAGCUAGCCAUGAGAAAUUAGCUGUUCAAUCCAUUCAUAGAGAAUUUCGUGAGGCAGAUGAAGCAAAUUUGCUUGAAGAAGAAGAUAUGCAUGUAUUUGAUUGUAAACCACUGGCGGACCCUUUGCAUUUGGUUUGUUGCUAUGCUUGUAAGAAACCCGUAAAGGCCAGUCAGUAUGCUGCUCAUGCAGGAACAGUGAUGCCAGUCCAGCCCCAAAAUGCAAGCACAAAAAAAAAAAAAAAAAAAAAAAAAAAGAAGGAAGAAGAAGAAGAAGAAAAAAAAAAACAGGAAAGAGCAAAAGAAGAAGAGCAGAAAUAAACAGGUAAUAGUAAACUUUACUGAAAAAUAAUUGCCUGAUUACAAUAUGUAGAAGAGAAUACAAGGAGAGAAGAAGCUCAGUCCUCAUGGCAAAAGGGAUGAGUUCUAGGGUUCCCAAACCAGGAUUCAUGCAAAAUAAUCAAUACUUCCUCCCCAGGCCAGUUAUAAUGUUCCUUAUAGUUUAUAUAGAGCUGAGUCUAGCUACACCAAAGUUGCGCAUGCUCCUGAACUUUAUAUCUGAUUUUACAAUGUUAUAUCAGAAGGUGGAGUCUGCCCUAUGCUUCUGCAUAAAAAAGAAUGACCUAGAUCUACCCUUAUAAAUUAAAAGCUACAGCAAACCUAACCAUAUCUACAAAUACCCUUUGUAAAGUAAUCCUAUUCAAACAGAAUCUAAAUUGAAACUGUCAAAUUAUUGAUUGUACAAGUCUUCUUCAUUCCUUUUUUACUUCUCUUUGGCACGUACAUUUCCUGUUGAAUCUUGGGUAUAUCGGUAACAUACAGGAGUAAUAGUUUGGUCAUAUCGUGAAUGUGGCGGAGGAAGCGCAAUCGAUACGCUAUCAACAACAACAACUCAGCCUUUUCCCAACUAAAUGGGGUCAGCUACAUGGAUCUGCUCGAGAGUAAAAUAAAAAGAAAAAGAAAGAAAAAAUGAAAAAAGAAAAGGAAAGAAAAAGGAAAGAGACAAAGCAACACCUCAGGAACAUCCCACCUAUAAACGGCGACUACAUGGAUCUUUGACCUCCAUGAACUUACAUGCAUAGAACAAAAGAACAGGGAUUAGGGUUACGUAGAAUGCACAAGUGGCAUGCUCCUUCAAAGGAUUGCAGAAUGAGUACUCGAUCUUUGUGUUUUGAUUCCCUUCCAGCCCUAAGUCACCUUUGUUCUUCGUUCUUGAGGAAGAAGAAGUUGGAAGUUAGGAUAUUAGGGUCAGAGAGGAAGAAGAUGAAGAGAAGAGAGGUAGGGAGAAGAAGGAGAGACGUUGAGAGAAGAGAGUGAUAGAAAGGGCCAAAAUGUGAAUGAGCUCUCUAGCUCAUCUCACCAAUAUUAGAUUCAAAUAUUGUUUUAGGGAAUUACAUAUUCCUCCUGAGGGAGGUGAAAGAGAAAUAAGAGAAAUUACAUGUAAGGACAACUUAACAUAAGACAGUUCCUAAUGUACCCCCAAUACAAAUAUUCUAACACUCCCCCACAAGCUGGAGAAUAAAUGUCAUACAUUCCCAGCUUGCAUAAGAGGGUACUGAACUGGUGAGAAAUGAUCCCUUUGGUGAAGAUGUCGGCCAAUUAAUCACCUGUCCUCACAAAGGGUGUGCAGAUAUUACCGGAAUCAAUCUUCUCCUUGAUGAAUUGCCAGUCUACUUCAAUGUGCUUUGUUCUAUCAUGUUGUACUGGGUUGUGAGCAAUGCUUAUUGCUGCUUCGUUGUCACAGUAAAGUCUUAUAGGUCCUUUAGUGUCAUACCUCGGCCAAGUGAGCUCACAAACAGCAUGAGCCAGUGCUCUGUACUCAACCUCUGCACUGGUUCUAGCUAUAACCGGCUAUUUCAUGCUUCUCCAUGUGACCAGGUUACCACCCACAGAUGUACAAUAACCAAAUGUAGAUCUCCUAUCAGAAAUUGAUCCAGCCCAAUCAGCAUUGGAAUAGCCUUCAAUCCUCAAGUGAUUGUUCCUAGCAUACAAAAGUCAUUUUCCUGGAGAAUAAAUGUCAUACAUUCCUAGCUUGCAUAAGAGGGUACUGAACUGGUGAGAAAUGAUCCCUUUGGUAAAGAUGUCGGCCAAUUAAUCACCUGU